AUGAGGAAUUGGUUGGAAGAAGAAUCAUUUGUCAUUUGAAUGGCUUUCAGGAAAUAAUUAAGCCAAAAAGAAGUAUUUUCCAGCAUUUACUUCAUCCAUUAAAAGAGCCCAGUGUGUGGACCAGCUCCUAAUAGUUGUAGUAAACACAGUAAAGACAGAAAAAUGAAUCAAAGGUUCAAGUCAGAGAUCAGUGGGCGAUUAUUCCUCAUACACUCCCCCUCCCGGCCAAACCUGAGCUCUUCAUGAGUGUUUAGAGAGAGAGAGAGACCUACAUACCACCCUCUUUCCAAUGAAGGUGUCUGCCUGUGCAUUUCUUGGAGUGUGUGUGUGGUUUGUCAGUCUAGUAUACACUUUGGCACUCAUGGGCAGCAGACACACACACACACACACACACUCAGAGACAAGCAUGCAGUGCACACUAAUUUUCUCUUCUGUAACGCCUGCUGUCUAUACCAGUUUGCAGUGAACAGCAAAGGGGACUUACACGACCCACUGGUGCAAUAAAUCUAACGCCCAUCGCUCUCUCUCUCUGUCUUCAUUCCUUCACACCCUCCAGAAGGAGACAUAGGAAGAGUUUGUCUUCUGGACCAGUGGAGUUUGGACAUAUUAACAUGCUUCAGCUGAUGUUCUUGGUUUAAUGGCUCUUCUUCAUGGCAGUAACAUGCACUGAUCUGAUCGACUCAGCAGUGGCUUUACAUUUGUCCAGCAGUAUGUUGAGGCACUGGGGGUUUGCUGUGUUCCUGUUGACCAUCCCAAUCCCAGUCCAACCCAGACCCACUAAUGUUCUCAGCAACAGACAACGACGUUCGGUCGGUCACGCACAGAUGAUGCAUGACAGGAGUCGAUCCCUGCAUGACCGGAAGAGACGUAUGUGGAUCCAGGAGCUGCUUGAGCAGGUGCACACAGCUCAUGCAUGGGAGGGAAGCGUCCAGACCCCGCUGUGGUCCACCGCACACCGCCCAAAACCCAUCAGCAGCACCAAACACUUCCCCUUGAGCUUUCACAUGGAGACUGUAGGGACGAGAGACAACCUCCCACAAGAGACCAGCAAGACCCUGAGAUAUGAGGAGCAGAAGAGGAAGAGGAAGAUGAGUUUGGGAAGAUGGAGAGACCUGGAUAGGAGGAGAGACAGGGGCGUGUGGCUCCCGUAUCCUAAUACUGAUUAGAGGCCUGUAGAAGAGCCUGGAUGAGAAUGAAGGGCGUUCACACUGACUGUGAUUCGGAGCAACAGAACUGACUCAAUCUGAAAAAACACAGCAGGCUUUAUGCAAAUGAACAGUGACAGAAUGUGGUCACAUGAUUCGCUCUCUGAUUAAGUAAUAGUUGACCUCCAGUGAUUAAACUGUUGUCGGUGAACACACCUUUAAAAAGUAGACUAUUUCAGCUCGGCGUGGGAUAUGAGGAGGACUCUGCAAAAAAAAAAAAA